AGUUAUGUCAUUACUUCAGUUCCUUUGAAUCAGAAUAAAAAGUGCAGCGAACUUCAGACUCAUUGACUGCAGACUUAACAAGUGUUGGGGCUUUUCUUCUUUCCACGGUUUGCAAGGAUCUCUGGUUUUUGCAAAACAGUUCCGAAAAAACAAUGGCCAACUUCUCCUUAUGGGCAACUUUUGGAUUAUGUUUGCUGAAGCUUUGUCUAACAGAAACACAGUUCAAUGUAAGUUGCAGAUAUGGAGGAGUUUUUCAUGUUGAGAAAAACGGUCGCUACAGUCUCACACGAUCUGAAGCAGUUGAACUCUGCAGAGCUCUCAAUAGCACCUUGUCAACACUAGAGCAGUUGAAGAAAGCUCAUGAACUUGGAUUUGAAACUUGCAGGUACGGGUUUGUAGUGGGGAAUAUUGUUAUCCCACGAAUCAAUCCCUAUCAUCUUUGUGCAGCAAAUCAUACUGGCAUUUACAAACUCUCAGCAAACACAACUGGUCGGUAUGAUGCAUACUGUUACAAUGCCACAGAAACAAGAGACAAAGCGUGUGAGCCAAUUGAAAGACUAGAUACUUCUUUCCUCAACAAUCAGGGUGAAAUAGUCAUUGACAAUGCAGAUGGCUCACGUUAUAAUGCAGAUGGCACACGUCAUAGCGGAGAGUCCUCAACCUCAGGUGCGGAUGAUGAAAAUGCAGGUAGCGGAUCAACACACGACACAACUCCCAUGGAUACCUCCAUCAGGAGAUCCAGCCCCUCAUAUUACGGAAGUGCUACUCCAGUCUCACAGCUGCCAGAUCAUUCUUCUGGAGGGGGUGAAAAAGAAAUUCCUAGAAAAGAUUCUGAUUAUGAAGUUACUCCUGUAUCACCUAACAUCUCUUCGAUGACGCCAGCUGAUGAUUCCCCUGAAAAAGACGGUGGACAGUAUCCUGCGAGUACUACUCCAGGGCUUCAUCAUGACAACCUGGAGAAAGCCACCACCCAAGCUUGGUGGAAUCCGUUCUCAAACCACUGGUGGUGGUCAAACCCUGGACAGAAGAUGCAAGAACCCACGCAAGCAACCGAGGCAGAUGUGACCUCAAGUGGCAACGGUUCAGAUGACAAAGACUCUUCAGAGGAGGUGACUUACCCAACAGUGUUUCCAGGCUGGGACAGGAGUGUGGCCAAAGACGUGUAUGCUCCAAGUACUACUCCAGGGCUUCAUCAUGACAACCUGGAGAAAGCCACCACCCAAGCUUGGUGGAAUCCGUUCUCAAACCACUGGUGGUGGUCAAACCCUGGACAGAAGAUGCAAGAACCCACGCAAGCAACUGAGGCAGAUGUGACCUCAAGUGGCAACGGUUCGGAUGACGAAGACUCUUCAGAGGAGAUGACUUACCCAACAGUGUUUCCAGGCUGGGACAGGAGUGUGGCCAAAGACGUGUAUGCUCCAAGUACUACUGUGGACUUGCAACACGAAACACUUCUGGAAAUCUCCACACAUGGUCAUCGGAACCCCGCGUAUACAGAUGAAGAGGAGCAGUAUCCUAGCUCUGCCGGCAGGGCACUAGUUACAAGUGAAAAUGAAAAACAUCAAGGACCAACCCAACAUCCGCUAUUACACAGUGUUCAUUCUGGAUGGAUAAGUCAAGAGCAAAAUCCUGCAAAUACCACAGGGAGUACUGAACAACACGAAUUUACUGUUGCAGGUGAAAAUGAUAUUGAAAACGAAUCUUCUCAUACAGCUAUGGCCUCCAACCAUGGGGCCAAACAGAACAACUCAGCGCAAGACCCAUUGGUGUAUCCAGAUUGGGACAAGGGAGAGGAUUACACACAACGUGCUAUAAUGGAUAGAAUUAUUCCUUCCAGAGAGAAUAAUCAUGAAAAAGAGUCUUCCACUACAGCUGUUGCCUCUUCUGAUGGUGCCCACCACGAAGACCCAACUCGGCCACCUCUCCCUUCAGAUAAUGAACCAGGACAGGGCACUGAAGGCAUCACACAUCCCACAGAUGCCCCUGAGGAGCAUGUCCACCACAGGACCACGGCUAGUACGAACCAAGUUGAUGAUGACUCUUCUCUGAUGGGUACCAAGUCCGCGGAUGAUGUUAACCGAGAGACAGCAACCAAGGAGCCCCUGGCACCCGGCACUCCACCUGCACAUGAAAGCGAACAAGCAAACGCCACGGACGGUUCCCACGUCGAUUGGAUACCUGGAGUUCUUGCAGACACUGAAGAUCAUCUUAACCAAUUGCAGACCCCUCUUCCUACUAGAUCUACCUCCAGUAUAUAUGGUAAUCAAGGACCACACAAGGGACAUUAUGAAUCUACUACUUUUCCUGGAGAGACCACAACAACAAAAAUAGUUUCACAACCAAGGUCAGCCCAGGUACCAGAAUGGCUGAUCAUAGUUGCCGCUCUUGUGGCACUUGCGUUGAUUCUUGCAGUGUGCAUUGCUGUUAACAGUCGGAGAAGAUGUGGGCAGAAGAAAAAGUUAGUGAUUAACAAUGGCAAAGGGGCAGUGGAAGAUAGGAAGACAAGUGGAUUAAAUGGAGAUGCCAGCAAAUCACAAGAAAUGGUGCACUUGGUUCAUAAAGAACAGUCAAAUGACCAAACAGGACCAUGUGACGAAUUCCUGACUGUUAAUGAAACACAGAAUCAUCAGGAGCUUGACAUGAAGAGUGGAGUGUAAUGGUACCAAGCUGCCAAGUAGAUCAGAGCUGGGGAAAUCAAAAUCACAUGGAACUUGGACAGGAAUUCAUAGAUGCACUGUGCUACUGAUGUCUUUUGAACAUAAUUAAACAUAAGUGUUAUUCAUUUUUAAUCACUUUAAAAUGAUGUCUGAGUUACAAAAUUGACAUUCGCUUUCUGAAAUAAGCCCCCAAGAGUUGCAUAAUGUUUUCAGUUCCCAGUUUCUACACAGAGGACACUCACUGUGUCCUGGGUGUUAGGAGAGAUGCAAGUUUAUGUCAUUGUUCCCCAGAUGGAGGGUCUUCACUGUGCGGACUUACAGAAGUAUCCAGUCACUCUAUCUGACAGGCAUUUAAGGUACUAAACUUGCCAAUGGUACAAGAGUAAGUGAGGAACAAAUGUCAAGAGCAAAAAAUCAAGUUUAAACCAAAAAGACCUCCUAUGCAAUAUCUAAAACACCAGAAUCCUUCAGAAACGCCUUCCAGUCAGGAAGAGCAGUAGGUGCAUUCGGAGUCUGCCAGUAUAAACAAACAUAACGAUUUAUGGCUUGGUCUGCAAUGACGGAAAACCAGAAGGACAAAAUUUAUUUAUCUCUAUUUUUAAAUGUCUAUGGGCAUACGGCAAAUCUUCUUGGGAGGGGGAAUAAAGAGAUGAAAACGAGGUGAUACAUAAUAAACUUCUAUACUUUAUUAUCCUAACAAUCUGUACAGUUAUCCUUGAGUUUUUGAGUUGUUCAUUGCUCUUCCCCCUCCCUCCUUCAUUGGUCAUAGUUUGUGCAUGUUUUUAAUGAGUCUGUUAGGAUAAUGACUAAAACAGAAUGACUCCAGCUCUAUCACACAUGCACAAAUCAAGCAAUUUGAGAUUAUUAGGGAAGAUGACAGUAUUUUAUUCCUGACGAAUAGGUCUCUAUCUUCUGCUCCAUUUUACUUAGGAGAUGCUGACCCUAGUAAAACUUGUUUCCCCUAUAACUAUUACGUUACACCAGUUUGCUGAUAUUUUAACAGUUGCCCUUCUAUGAUCUCGCUCACUUCCUCUGGAUUCUAUUUAUUUCAGCCACGGUUUUCCCUCUGCUUUUUAAAAAUACAACAGAAACGUUGCUUGCUAAUUGGUACCAGAAGUUCAAAUUCUACAGAAAAGAUUGAAGAAAAUUAAAGGAAACUCUCCCAGCCAUGUAAUAUAGUAAAGUAGCUGCAGCCGCAUUGUUAUAUGCUUUUGUUUUGUGCUUAUGUGUCUGUUACGUAAAGUAUUUGUAUUAAGCUAUGAUGCUGUGCAUUAUAUUGAUAUGAAUUGUCAGAAAGAAAAUUAUUUACUACCGGUGGUCUGUGCCAUUUUUAAGAAAGUGUAUUGGAAUGGAGGGAGAAUGAAAACUUCUAAUUGGGCUGCCUCAAGAAAAUGCAAGUAAAAACAAUCUAAGGUAAUUGCAACCAGUGGUCUGUCAGCUGUGGGAUGGGGAACGUCCUGCAGCAGGGUUAUUCAAGUGUUCUGUUCACCGACCAUAGCAACUGUCUUUGAAACCAUUCUGCUAAAGCAUGUUAUUUUAUGUUCUCCAUCUGAAGCAAUUUGGAGGACGAGUAUUCAGCUGGCUAAAUACUAACUUUAGCUAGUACUGAUCUUUACUGGAACAUAAAGCACAAGACUAUUGAUUAUAUUUCUCAGUCACAGCCCUCCAGCAGUUUCCUGUGUGUUUUACUGAGUUGUUCAGUGCCCUGGUAUCUGCAGGCAGAUCUCUUCAGGAGCAAUUUACGCCUGGGCAAAAGGUCCCAAGAUGAGGUGUGAUUUUAAAGUACGCAUAGGAUGUUUCCUGACUUUAUGUAGGUCAGUGUGUUUCACCUAUGAACAGUCACACAGCUUGUGGUCCAAAGGUGUUCAAGCAAGCUGAAGCGAAUGGGGUCAAGGUGAUUUACACUAUCAGUACUUGUGGUCCACUGUCAAACUUCUCAGUCCUUUCAUGUAUUAUAAUACUGAACUGUGCAGUAGGAAGUCUGUUGACUCUGUGCAUUGAUUUUUGUUUAAUUCCUGUAAUGUUUUUAAGCAAGCUGUUCUAUUUGUCAUUAUAAAUCAAAAUGAUCUGUUGAAGGCUGCAUUUAAACUGGUGUUAUGUACUCAUUUCACUAAGUAAGAUCCAGAGUAAGAAUUAUUCCGCUCUUUAAAUCCUAGUUGAUAGGUCUCAAUCAAAAGGAGAUAUUUCAUUCUCUUGAAAGCUAAAUUUUUCUUUAAAAAAAAGAAAAACGCUGGGGCAUGUUAUUCAUCUUCCUAUUCAGAUGUUUAAUGGAGAAAUCCACAAACUCCUUCCUAAUUUAUCUAAUGUUCAGUAGCUAUAAAUGCACAGACAACACUGGUUGGCUUCUUUUUAUAUUUCUAAAUAGGGAGAUGCUCAAGUUCUCUUUACAGAGGCAAUGCCAUUAUUUUAUAUAUGCUGAUUCUUUUUAGAUUAUUUCAUGUGAUUCAUGUGUAAUUAAGUUUCAUUAUAGUUUCAGAACUAGAUGGCCAUUUCAUAUGUGUAAUAUCGUACAUAUUUUUAUUAAUCUUGGUUUUAUUAUUUGAGGGGUUGUUUGUUGUGUGUAUGUAUUUUUUAUAUAGAGCACUUGAUAUCUUUGCAUAUUUAUUUAACAGAUGAAUCAGAAGGAAAGAAAAUAUCAUCUCUAAAUUGUAACUAGAAAUACUAUUGCUAAAAAGACAUUGAACUGUAAAAUAAGCUUCCAAAAAUAAACUUGAUUCCACAUCGAGGAUAAAAAGUAAGACUGGCAUUAUCAGUGGGAGAGAAGUAUUCAGCAGGAUAGUCGUUUUUAGUACUGGUGACCCAGGGGUCAUUUUUUCUGCUUGCAAACUCUAAGCCAGGCUCAGCUGAAUGCUGUGUGACCUUGCCUGCUCUGCCGGCUGCCCAUAGGCUCCCCAGAUGCUCUGGGAGUUAGCUAUUAACUCAGCUUCCCCCUAGAAGCAGACAAGUCAGUCCAGUUUAAGAUCAGCCCAGUAAGAUCUUGAUGACUAUUCCUGGCUUGCUGAACCAAUGGCACUUGGGGGACCGCAGCGCCCAGCAAUAUCUGGCCCUUCCUUCAGGGUGCUGACAAGACCAGUUGGUUCUUGGUCUACCCUUGGUGCCUGGGAAGAAUGAGGAUCUGUCCUAAAAAUGCUGAGGAGACCAUGCUGGACCUAGAACAGACCCCGUGAUCAGCUUGUGUUAUUCCUUUGCCUUCAACAGUUUUAAAUAAAUGUAAUCCAGACCACCUCUCUCAUGGAAAUACUGUCUAAAGCAGUAAGCAUAUUUAAAAGAGGGAUUGUAUGUUUUAUGAGAACAUAAUGUUUUCAUCAAACAAUCCGGGGUGAUUGUUUCACCUGUAUUUUCUUGAAGAUCUUACAAUGAAUAUUUGAUUAAAGCAAGGAAAGGAUAUGUGGCCAUCACGUC